UUCAGUAACUUUUAUUGUUUUCCUCCUUAUAGCCCCCUGAUGGCUUUUCAGUACUUGGGUGUGUGUGCUUUUGCUUCUUUGCUCUGUAUUUCCUCUGGGACUUUCUUUGCAUUGAUCUCAUUGCUUCCUUUUUUCCCUUGAUUUCUUCUUUUUUCCUUUUAAUGAUUCAAGUAGGGUUCAGAGUUUUUGGGUUGAUUUUGUUGCUUUCCGGCCGUGUGGUUCUCUGAGCUCAGAUUCUCUUUGAUCGAUUUUUCCUUUUCCCCCAAACCCCAUUUGGUUUCUUUUCCUUCCAUGACGUUGGGUUAAAGCAGAGCAGGGCAAGAAACGACAUAUGGGUUUCCUUCUCCUUGUGUUUAGGUGGGGUUUUGAGGUUUUUGUGAACAGUGAUUAUGAAAGAUCUUUCAUGUUUAACAAGUAAAGUACAGCUUCACCUUGAAUUUUGGGGGAAAUUUGCACCAGAGAGAGUUGGUGGUCUCACACUUUCGAGGCUAUUUUCUUUUCCUUCUGGGGCGAGCUCCUGCUGAUUGAUUGAUUCUUCCAUUCUGUUUCUGUAAUGGAGUCUUGGAGUUAUGUUUCUGAAGGAAAGGGAUGUAUGUCUGAUGAAAUUAAUUCACCUACUAGUUCGCUUGCAAGAAAUAAAGACUCUUUGUUGGGCUGGGAAUUCAAAAAUCCCUGCAACUUUGGUGGCGCUAUGUUAGCAACGGGUCAACAAGUCGACAAUCACGGUUUCGGGGAACUUGUUUUCCCGGAAAUGAGUGGGAAACAGUUACCUGACAAUUCAGUUUGUGAUAUUCUGAGUAGCAAGGUUGCUGGGGGAAGAUUUCUGAAUCCAACUAUGAAUUCCUCCAAUGCAUUUCUGGGAGAGGACGAAUCCACUUCAAAGCUCUCGGGCUCUAUUGUGGACUCGAGCAGCCGAGAUUCGUCGUUCAUUGAUUUAAAGCUGGGGAGAUUUGCUGACCAAAGGGAUGCUCAUGGCUACAAAUUUUUGAAGGGAGCCCCCAUUUUAUCUUCUUCUGAGUCAUCGAUGCCUUCGAAAAGGGUACGAGCUUCGGGGUUGAAUUCUCAAACUUAUUUCUGUCAAGUUUAUGGCUGUAAUAAGGAUCUCAGCUCCUCUAAAGAUUACCACAAAAGGCAUAAAGUUUGUGAAGUUCACUCAAAGACUGCAAAAGUUAUUGUGAAUGGAAUAGAACAAAGGUUUUGUCAGCAAUGUAGCAGGUUUCAUUUGCUAGCUGAGUUUGAUGAUGGUAAGCGCAGCUGUCGUAAACGCCUUGCAGGUCACAAUGAACGUCGGAGAAAGCCUCAGAUGGCUAUCAACUCUGGCAGGGCUGGGAGGUUUCUUCAGUCAUAUAAUGGUAGCAGGCUUCAAGGAACGACAUUAACUGCAACAUCCUUUAUCUGCCAAGAGAUACUACCUAAUGGUCUUUUGCAUCCUGAGAAGUAUGGAACAAAUGAUUGGUGUAGGAAUGUGAAAAUUGAAGACAAGAAUGAAUAUAUGCCUUUGUCUGCUGUUCAUGUUCCUAGUGGCCACCUGCCUUCGAAAUCCCUCUUCUCUCCUUACGAUAUCGAAACUCAAAUUCCCCCUUUUCACGACAAUGGACCGAACGCAGCUACUGGAAAUAUGUUCAAGGAGAACAGUAAUCAGUAUCCUGUUAGUGUAGGAGGUGUGAAUUCCAGUGCCCGUUCUUUCUUUAACAAUACCUCAUUAGGCAGUGAAUACUUCAGUGUUUAUAGUGCAGCAUCAACCGACCGAAUAUCAGGACUAUCCGACUCCGGUUGUGCUCUCUCUCUUCUGUCAUCUCAAACACAAAACUCCUCAACUCAUUCAUCUGGGAUUCCAAUCGCUCGUCCUCUGGUCUUGCUUGAUGGCCAAAACCACUACAACAUGAAUCAACUUUCUGAAAAGCUGAUGGGAGUAAGCUCCCAGGUUUCUGUGAGUGGAGUGUCAAAUAAAUUCAAUUCAUCAGGGUUGAAUGCUUCAGAAGGUUUUACCCUUGGUCCCAUACUAACACCUGAAACAAGUGAUGCAGUAAAUUUUGAAAUUACAAAUCGGAUUUUCCAUGGGUCAAAUUUGGCAGAUCCUAGUGAAGGCAGCCCGACCAUUGACUUGUUGCAGCUUUCAUCGCAACUUCAGCGUGUCGAGCACCAGAGGCAAGCUAUGCAGGUGAAACAAGAAAGUAAUGCUUUUUGCUGCCUCCGGAUCACUUAAAUUUUAUGCCAAAACAGGGACCGCAACGGAUCGAAGCUCGUGGUGGCUGUGAAGAAUGUGGUGGAAUUUUGAUGCACUGCUGAUGGGGAGUACUGUUGGUAGAACUUCAAAAUAAAGUAGCAUGAUUUAUAUUCCUUUCUCAUAUGAACUAACUUUGUUUCAUAAACAUUGAUAUUUGAUAUGUUGGUGCAAUUCUUGGACCAUUCUUGAAGUAUUCUAUUAUUGACUUGUUAACUUGUCUACACAUUCUUCUCCUACAUCCAUUGUUUUUAGGAUGUAUUUUACUUGUAGCUUUGAGAUAUGGGAUUCCCUCUUCUUGUGUGCUUUUUGGU